CUCCUUUGUCGCCAUGUCGGACACCCCUCGUCCAUCCCUCAAGCUCACUUUCGGCAAAAAGAAGGCGUCCGAUGAGUCGUCUCAGAGCAGGCCUGCCGCGCCUCCUCCGCCAACCGAGCCUCAACGCAAACUCACCCUCAAAAUCGCCCGCAGACCAGCUCCAGACGCGCCUCCGGAGGAUGACAGGCCAAAGAAGAAAAAGACGUCGAAGAAGCGCCCGGCCGAGGGGCCCGUGGUGCCGGAACCCUCGGUCCCCUCCCUGGCAAGCCAACAAGCUGGGCCCAAACGACUCAAAUUAAACCCAUCGAAGAAGCCUGGUGUUCAGUCUCUCCGCAUCAAGAACAAGGGGCUGGUCCCCAACCGACCGGUGGGCGUAGGCUAUGACUCGGAGGCCUCCGACACGGAAAUUGACCCCGCCAUCGAAGAACAGUUCAUUCUGCGCAUGCCGCCCGGGGAGGAUUGCGAGCUUCUACGGCGUGCAAUUGCCGAACGUCGAUUCGAUCGGUCAGAGUUCUCUUUCAAACCGCUCACCCGCGAGGGACGACGCGCCAUCUUCAGAAUCCGUGACCGCCAAUACGCCGCAGCCCUGGUGGAUCUGCCUUGCAUCGUCGAAGGCAUGAAGAGUUGGGACCGGCGUGGGUGGUACAAAUCAGCGGACAUCUGCCAGAUGCUUCUGAUUCUCGGACCAGUCGCCAACGAACAAGAAGCGAUGGACUACCCGCUUCCUGCCGACAUCUUACACCCGGAUGACAAGACACUGCAAUAUCCACACGGUCUCACGCCACCACUGCGAUGGGUGCGGAAGCGGCGAUUUCGGGAACGGAUCAGUACGCGGUCCAUUGAACAAGUCGAGAAAGCCGUUGAGGAUUUGAUCGCACAGGAUGAGGCCUCCCUGGCACCUGCUCGCUAUGAACUUGUCGAUAGUGCUUCGCUGAAUCGGGCGGAGGGACUGGUCCAGAGCGGAGAAUACGACUAUGAUGAAGAAUAUGAUGAUGAGCAGGACGCCGAGGGUGAGAUGGAUGAAGGCAUGGAAGACGCUGCAUCGGAUACUGGAGUCUACCAAGCAGGUACUCCCAUGGCAACGAAGCCAUCCACGCCGGCGCCGGAUUCAUCCGGUGAUGAGAGUGAUGGGUCUGACGAUGGCGAUGAGCCAGAGGAUGAGCUGGAUGAUGAGCAGCUCGAGCAGCAGCGACAGAUGCAGCAGCAACGGGAGGAAAUUGCUGAACUGGAGGCACUGAUUCGCGCGGAGACUGCCAAAUGGGAGAAGAUGCAGAAUGCGAUUUUGAAGGGCAAGCUGGCCAAGCGAAUCCACGAUUUAAAACAGGAUCUGUCAUUGAAGAAGGUGUCUAUUGGAGAAGGCGACGAUGCCGAUGGUUAA